CAUUGAGCCAGCAGAUUGUAUAAUUUUGCUCUAAUAAUAUACAUAUAUCGAAACAAUAUAGUAACUCACAAUGCCUCUCGCACUCAGCAUCACCAAGGCGGAGGGGAAACCAGGCGUUGUCUACCACCCACUUAAAUUAGCCAAUGUAGAGAAGCGCACUCCAGCACAGGGAGAAAUCCAAGUAUCGAUCUUGACCGCCGCCCUCAACCACCGCGACCUCUUCAUCCGCCAAUCGCUCUACCCCGCCAUCUCCUUCACGACCCCCCUCCUCGCCGACGGCUGCGGAGUAGUCACCUCCGGCUCCUCCAAACUCAAUGGAAAGCGGGUUAUUCUCACUCCCGCCCAUGGCUGGGAAUCCCAGGUCAGCGGCCCGGAGACUUUCAUUGGGAUCCUGGGGGGAACGACAUUGAACGAGGUUGGCACAGCGCAGGAGGUCGUGGUUUUACCCGAGACAGAGGUGGAACUCGCACCGGAGCAUCUCAAUGAUGCGCAGGCUGCGGCACUGCCGCUCACUGGGUUGACUGCGUGGAGGGCGCUGGUGACGAAGUCGGGAGAGGCGAUUGAGGGGAGGAAUAUCCUGGUUACUGGCAUCGGUGGCGGUGUGGCGCUUAAUGCGCUGCAGUUUGCUGUGGCGAAGGGGUGUAAUGUCUGGGUUACGAGUGGGGAUGAAGGGAAGAUUAAGAAGGCGGUGGCGUUGGGCGCGAAGGGGGGAGUGAGCUAUAAGGGCGCGGCGUGGGAUAAGGAGUUAUUGGCCAUGUUGCCGGAGGAGAGGAAGUGGAUUGAUGCGAUUAUUGAUGGGGCGGGAGGAGAUAUCAUGAAGAGGAGUGUUAGGUUGGUGAAGCAGGGGGGUGUGGUUGUGUCUUAUGGUAUGACGCUGGGGCCGAAGAUCGAUUUCCCCAUGUCGGCUGUGUUGAAGAAUAUCGACCUCAAGGGAUCGACUAUGGGUUCAAGAGUGGAGUUCAGGGAGAUGGUGAGAUUCGUCAACGAGAAGAAGAUUGUGCCUGUCGUGUCGAGGGUGGUGGAUGGGUUGGAUAACUUGAAGGGCGUGGAAGAGCUGUUCCAGGAGAUGAAGCAAGGAAAGCAGUUUGGCAAGUUGAUAAUCAGGAUUAAGAAGGAUACCGGAAGCAAGUUGUAAAGGUAAUAGUAAUUAUGCCAACUAAAUGAAAUGAAUCAACG